GUGAAGGAUUGAGUCGCUGAGUGGGGUCUUUCGUCCUAUCAUUUCUUAUAACAAGAAGUUUGAAGCCGGAGGCGAUUGGUCAAAAUGCCAGAGGAGAUGGCGGAAGGUGGGAGAAGGCUUGUGACUCUCGACGACCUCAUCGAUGCCUUGGACAAGCGCGAGAGGGCGCCGAUCAAUGUCCCAAAGGUCGAGACAUUUCAUUUCAAAGGGGAUCGGGUAUUUGACUGGUUGGAUCUGACAGAGCAGGCGCUGGUAGGGCUGACAGAUGAGGUCAAGCUCCAGCGGGUUCUAAGGUACGUCCUGCAUAGUCACCAUCGGAAAGUAAGUAAGGUCGUGGACGCCGCCGGUGACAAUUGGAGAAAGUUUGGGGACCUGAUGCGAAGGAAGUAUAGGCUGGGGGAUGGCCUGUUGACCAUGGCCGAAUUGGAGGCCAUGAACAAGGAAGACUUCUCUACCAUUGGGGCGUUCGUGCACGAAUUUAAGAAAAAGGCGAGGAAAGUGCACGGGAUUUCGGAGGAGGCGCAGUGCGCCACAUUCCUGGGAUUGCUUACAGGCUCGGAGGCCACAGAGCUGACAAAGUAUGGGGAAGGGAGUGAGAGGCUCACUUGGGCAACCAUUGACAAAGGAGUGGAAGAAGGGAGCCUGGACCAGGUGGAGCAGCACCAAAUGAGGCUGCAAAGGCGCAAGAGGAAGGAGAGGGAUGCUACCGCAUCCGGGCCCCCAGGGGUGAAGAGAAUCGUUACGGACGUGUUGGCAGCACUGGGGUAUGACAACGAAGCGGAAAUACAGAAAAGAGGGGUGCUAGUGGCCCAAGGCCGGGCGUCAGGGGCAGUAGAGGAGGAGGUUGGGCAGGAGGACUACGGCGGAGGGGAGACGGGCUCCCAAGCCCUGACUAAGGCCCAGAUGAAGCAGCGUAACCUGCUACUGGGAGGGCAGGGAUCAGGGAGGGGGCAGGAAAGGGAGGACCCGGGUGUAAGGGUCGAAGAGAUCGUGGAUGAGAGUGAGGAAGUGACUCAACAACUAAAAGCAGGGACUAUAAAGGAGGAGCCUAUAGUCGUGGAGUUAGAUGAUGAGGCGCAGGAGGUGGUAAGAGAGUCAGCCUUGACCAUCUUGGAAAGGAUGGAGGACCUGCUGGCGAAGGUGGGCAGGUACCAGGAACGAUUGAGGGUGAUGUGUGAGGAGGCUCGAGAGUGGGAAAUGAACCUUCCUGAAGUAAUGCUCUAUGGGUCCGACCCGGAUUCAUCAUCAGGACCGCAAGGGUGUCCAAGCGUGGCGACGACUGGGGCAGGUCCUAGGUCAGGGAUGACCUUCAGGCCCCCUACGUCACAUGGAAGGGUGCCACAGGCCGCGCAGACUAGGGGCCAAAGUAGGGCUACCGCUAGUGAAGGGCCCAGCCAGGCACCUGGCCGGGCGCCUCCUCGAAGGGAACCUGAGCCUGAACGAAGGAAGGAAGUGAUGGAGGUUCAGGAGGAGGAAGAGGAGGUUGAUGACGAAGAGGAUGAGAGGCUCCGGCAGGAGGAGGACCAGCGAGCCGAGCAGAGGGCCAAAAAGAGAGGAAUUCAGGGAGGGGCGGAGCCGAGCCUGCACGAUGGCGUGCCAAAAAGGAAGAAGUAUGCGGUCCGGCUGGAGGAAGGUUUUGACGUGGAGCGAAUGGUGGACAAGCUCCUGGAGGGCCACAACGAUUUGAUGAAUCUAAAGGAUAUCUUGGUGUCGGCACCAAGGCUCCGUGACGAGCUGAAAGGGCGGCUCUCACGAAGGUUAGUGCCCAACGUCCACCUGAGCUCAAUUCUGCCCAGAGAGAUAGAAUGGACAGAGGCGGGCACCAGGAUGGAUUGGAAAUGUGUGGCAUGUGGGUUGGUGGAUCUGAAGGCAAGAGACCAGCCGAGCAUCGCAAUGGUGGACACAGGCGCCGAGAUGAAUAUCAUCCGGGAGCGGGACGCGACUAUGCUAGGGCUGGAGGUUAAUCAUUCGGAUCAUGGUGUGUUGCAUGAGGUCAAUUGUAAGGCGAUUUUCUGCGGCACCUCGUCUAACGUGAUGGUGGAAAUUGGGAGGGUAAGGGCGCGAACGUGCUUCUUCGUCAUGCCCGAUGUCGACCACCCUAUCCUUCUGGGGAGGUCGUUCCUCUGCCGAACGGAGACUUUGGUCUUCAAUAGGCAUGAGGGGACGAUGAUCCUGGCCCUAUCUUAUCCGGCCUGCGGGAACUACGAAAUCAUAAAGUGCCGGAACACAGGGCCCGGAAGUGGGAGGAACAGGCUCAACCUUGGCUCCUUUACCUUCGAGGAGUCUGAGUACGCGCGACGAAGACUCCUGGAGGAACAAGAAAAGGAAGGAGUGGGCGAGGUAUUGUCCCUAAGCCUUAACGACGUGAAUAAGGCAAUGGAGGUGGUGGCGGCGCAUGAUAUGGCUGACCCUGAGGCUAUAAAGGCAUUGAGGGAGCAGGACUUCCCCACCAAGACGGAGCAUUUGAGGAAGCUGGUGCGUCAGGAUCAGGAGUGGAUCUGGGAUGAAGACCAGGAGAAGGCUGUGGAAAGGAUGAAGGGAGAGUUCAAGGAAGGAGGCUUGGUGCUGGGAGCGCCGAAUUAUGAGGCCACGGAGGAAAGGCCAUUCGUUGUCGAGACGGACGCUGGGCCAACUGCCUUAGGAGGGGUCAUGAUUCAGGCAGAUGCAGAUGGGAAGGAGAGGCUGCUAAGGUUUGAAAGUCGUACUCUCAAUACGACUGAGAGGAACUACUCGCAGUUUAAGAAGGAGACGUUGGCGGUACUCCAUUGCCUAAGGACCUUCCGGAACUAUAUCUUUGGCAGGAGGCUCAUUUUGAGGGUGGACCCUACUGCGCUUGCGUGUUCCCUGAAAAGUUAUACUCCAYCUGACCCAACCAUCGCGAGGUGGUUGACUUACAUUUGGAUGUUUAACUUCGAGUUGGAGAGGAUUCCAGGGGACAAGAACAGGGCAGAUGGGCUGAGCCAUAUCAACUGGGAAGGGGCGAAUCAAAGGUUGAUUGAGGAUACCCCGCCAGUCGACGGAUUUUUGGACCAGGAGGAGGAUGUCCGCCUCCACAUAAAUGAAUGGUCGUUGAAGGUGCCUAGUUGCGUCACGCAUCCCAUAUGGCUAGCGCCAAGGGAAUACGAGCGAAGGGAGGAGUUGGUCCUCAAGCCCUUCCAGGAAGAAGAUCCGUGGGGGAAUAAGGAUGUUGGCUGGAUGAUGAAGUUGGCAUUGGCGGGUACACAUAGUCUGGCGGAGGAGGUGAGGACGAUAGAGGAAGGCCCAACCCAGGUAGAGGAGCAUGAGCAAUUAAUGAGAGAAAUGUAUUUGCUCACUAAUACACUCCUACAGGAGAGUUUUGACCAGAGGGGCUCAUUUGGUCCUGAGGGAAGUGAACGUCUUGUUCCUAUGAGCCAGGACAAUGAGUUCGAAGAGGGAGAAAUCAGGGAGGCCUUCCGCGCAGAAGAAUAUGACGGGAUCUAUCGGGAGUUGGGGUUACUCAUAUCGUGCGAAAUAAGGGAUAGGGACGCAAGUGCUAAAGCCCAGAAGAUGAGGCAUCUCUACGUAGUAAGAGAUGGCCAUCUGUUUAUAAAGCGAUAGGUUGGGAACCCCAAGAGGAACGUAUAUGGGAGGAACCGGCAGAUCGAUGUCAUAGCAGCCCUACACGA